AUGAACGAACAGAAGGAGUUGGCCUCCGAGCUCGCAAAUACACCGCCUUCUCUCUUCCAUCCAACUGGGUGCCCAAAGCUGUUAGCAAAUUUCGCAAACGUUGACCCCGUUGUAUGUAGCGAUUGCUUCAAAUUCGUCGAGCCAGGACUCAACGUCCACGUGCGAGAAUUGCGCUUUCGAGGUCAGCUUCAUCCUGAUUGGUCACGGCACCAGUGUAGCGAGAACGACGCGGAGGGAACAGAGCAUGUAUUGCCAUCAGA